UUUUACGUGCUUGCUGCGACGGGUGGGCAAUCUAUUCCCUAUCGCGGGGAACGCUUCCAGGAAGCCGGGAAAAGGAGGGGAGGGGAGAGCGGUUAUCGCUUUUCGUGUUCCUUGCACCACUUGACUUCACAGCCUCACUUUUACCCUGUGACUGCCUGCCCCUCGCUUCGGAGACACUAUCUAUCAUCUUCCGUUGAUCGCUGUGGCGCAUCCCCCCAUCAUCCUCAUUUCCCCCAUCAACACCAUUUUUGUCAUCACGUCGACUUUCUGCCAGGGGACUUUCUGUUAUUUGACUAACAUUUUCAUCUUCUGUCUCACACAGAUAAUUCACUUUCACAAUGGCCCGCGAAGAUGCUGUUUACCUGGCCAAGCUCGCCGAGCAGGCUGAGCGUUACGAAGAGAUGGUCGAGAACAUGAAGGAGGUUGCCUCCAAUGAUGUAGAGCUCACCGUCGAGGAGCGCAAUCUCCUCUCCGUCGCUUACAAGAACGUCAUCGGUGCCCGUCGUGCGUCCUGGAGAAUCGUCACCUCCAUCGAGCAAAAAGAGGAGUCCAAGGGCAACGGUCCCCAGGUUACCCUCAUCAAGGAGUACCGUCAGAAGAUCGAGACCGAGCUCGCCAAGAUCUGCGAUGACAUCCUUGAGGUUCUCGACAAGCACUUGAUCCCCUCUGCUCAGAGCGGCGAGUCCAAGGUCUUCUACCACAAGAUGAAGGGUGACUACCACCGUUACCUUGCUGAGUUCGCCAUUGGCGACCGCCGCAAGGGCGCUGCUGAUGCCUCCCUCGAGGCCUACAAGAGCGCUACUGAGGUCGCUCAAACCGACUUGGCCCCUACUCACCCCAUCCGUCUCGGUCUCGCCCUGAACUUCUCCGUCUUCUACUACGAGAUCCUCAACUCCCCCGACCAGGCCUGCCACCUGGCCAAGCUUGCUUUCGAUGAUGCUAUUGCCGAGCUUGACACUUUGAGCGAGGAGAGCUACAAGGACUCCACCCUGAUCAUGCAGCUUCUCAGAGACAACCUGACGCUCUGGACCUCGUCGGAGGCCGAGACGGCUGCUCCUGAGUCCAGCGCUCCUGCCGAUAAGGAGGAGGCUGCUCCUGCUGAGGAGAAGCCCGCUGCCGAGUAAAUUAGUAGAGAUAACGAUGGACUCGCGUCCGGGUUUGCAAAUGAAGUCGGACAAAAUACGGCGUGGGUUACGGGUGCGCAAGGGCUGCGGGGGCCAGGUUAGAAAAGGGGAUCAGCGCUGCACGCUUGUCA